GCAGACCAACACAUGACAAUUUCAGUUCUGUGAAUAAUCACAUAUUAUAAGGUCCGUUCCAUCAGGAAUUUUGAGACAGACAUCGUCUCCUAAAGGCAUAGUCUGUUGGAAAAGUCCAGGUUUAUGUAGUUUGGUCUAUUUUUUGUUUUUCUCCUUGCUGGAUCUGUAGUGAAGGCGUUAUUACUUUAUUUGCCUCACUUCAAGUAUAAUUGUUUUUCCCCUCAUGAUCAAUAAUAGACUAAUUGACAAUGAGAGUGUAGAAUAAUUAUACUAACAGAACAUUAAUUCACGUUGCAUUAAUUAACACCUUGCACAAAGGCUCGCUCUCGGACCAUAAUAUUUAUGAACAACGCCGGUUUCUAUCGGAGGUAAAUAAAGGACGACCCACGCUACUUCCUGAUUUGAUAAAAAAUUCGUUUUUAGCUAUGGAUAGACAUAUAAUUAGCUGUAAUGGAUCGCCAUCUCUUUACUAACAGGUAGGCUGUUAAAAUUAAGACUCACAUAACUAUCGACAGUGCAUUGUGUUUUUGGGGUUGAUAUAACGUUACACCUGUGGUUCCCAACUGUUGUGGUGAGAUGGCACUGAGCGCGGGCGGUUGGGCUCAAACGCCUGUGCCAGCCACAUUCCAGUCUGUACAUGGUGGGCCUGCACUGGCUAGCUGCAACACGGUUUUGAUGUCGGUGCGAGUGUCGGUUUGCCAUUCUGGAAUUCGACCGCUUUGCCUCCCCAGAGCUGGCGAUGAGGUUCUCCGUCUUCAGCUUAGUAUGGACCCCAGCAAAGCUGGAGAGUUUCGGCUAGCACUGAGGGACAGUAGCGGAAGCAGCCGUAGUGUGUUCAUUGCAGAGUUUGACUUGCGCUCUGUGCAGUAUGAGGUGAAGUCUCCACGCCUUCAUGAGAUUCAUUUGGCAACGCCCCCUCACGACUGCAUCUGCUUCAACUUCUGCUGCGAUCAGGAGGCUGAGCAGUGGGCCACAGUGGUGAUGUCAUCCCUAAGAGAGGCACACAGAGUUGCUGCAAAUAGUUCCCCACAUCCUCUGGAUGACCGACAGAAGCACACCGCAGCAGUAGCUCUAGAACAGCGCAGCACAGCCUCCUUACCACUCACUGAGGAGCUGUGCCUGGAGCUUGCCCAGGCGAUCGAAGCAGGCAACAGCCAGGCUGCUGCUCAGCAGGCGUCUGCUCUGGCUCACCAGAAGGCAGCGCUCACCAUUCAACUGUCUGAGAAGAGUUACGCAGAAGGAGAGAUACAUUUGUCUGUGGCAGUGGAGGACAUUUCCACUUCCUGUUGCGUCACAGUGAAAGUUUUCCCACACAUGACCGUCGCAGCACUCAAGCAGCAGGUGUUUCUGGAGUAUGGCUUCCACCCUCGCGUGCAGCGCUGGGUGAUAGGGCAGUGUUUGUGUACAGAGCUCAGGUCCCUGGCCUCGUAUGGGGUCCAGAGGGAUGGGGACAUGGCCUACCUCUACCUGAUCUCAGCCCGCCAUGCCCGCCUCACCCGCCAGCUGUUCCAGCAGGACCAGGAGGGCGCUCUCCUCACCCCACCUCCGCCUACCAGCAACGGGUCUACUUCCCAGGACUGGAGGGGCUACAGCACCCUGCCCUCCAGGCUCAGCCACAACUCCCAGGGGAGCACCGGACGUGCGGCUGACAGGCUGGGUAUGAGCGAGAUCCGAGAGGCCCUCAACUUGGAGACUCUGCAGAUCAACAAUAAACCUGAUCAACCCUGCAAAGCCAGUAAAACACAGACAGAAUGGGUUUGUCCCUCCUGCACCUUUAUCAACAAUCCUUCCCGACCAGGCUGUGAGAUCUGCAGUACAGCCAGACCUGACUCAGGGGAGCACCGCCUCAUACAACAGGUACUGUAUGUAUGGCAUAGAGUAGACAGAACACAUCACCUGCAGUCUAAACUACAAUAUUGUCUUUAUUCCCUGUCUGUAUUAAAGGAGAAAGGAAGAAGAGUGGAGCAGGGGGAGAUUGGUGCAUUGAUCAGUUGACUGCCUCGCAACCUAUACCAUAGCCUGGACGACUGAUCACACACACACAACUGACACACCAACUGACUGCUUCUUAGGUAAAAACCCACUACUGACAAACACUAGACGUAUAUGGACGUUGUAGCACAGACAUGGAGCUCCACUUGCAGUGGCUCACAAAAGGAACUACCUGUAUGGUCAAUGGGAGCUGGCUUUUGACUCUCCUCUGGACAUAAUGGCAGUCAGCAACCUUUGCCUCGUGGCAGACUUUAUUUAUUUUACAUUGGGGAGGGGUGGAAUAGUCCUAUAUUUAUUCCAGAGGGGUGGGUGGUGCUUCCCUCAUCUUUCUAACUGAUAUCUCAGAUGAGAGAAUAUGGUAUAUUUUGAAGUUGACCAACUGGGAUACUUUUGAGUAUUGAAAGUGCAGUUUAAAACCAGGGCCUGUAUUCAAUCUCAGAGUAGGUGUGCUGGUCUAGGAUCAGAUGUAUUUUAGAUCAUAAUUAUCUAGACAUGGGGGACCUGAUCCUAGAUCAGUACUCCUACUCUGAGAUACAUUGUGAACACCGGCCCAGGUCUUGCUGGUCAUUGGUUGGUGCCAUUUGGUUUGAUGGGAUGAGGGGAAUUAGUUGCUAUGAGGCAAGUCUGUGGGAGUGACAGGGUUUCAAAGUGAUUUUAUUUUUAUAACAAUGUUUGAUGAUAUUAAUGUUGAUGUGUUUCACCUAUUUGUCAUAAGUUUCUCUGUCUGAACUGUGAUAGUGACGGAAUGUUAUGUUUUGUCAAACAUAACUGUAUAAAAUGGUGUUAGCUGAAUAAACAUCCGUUGAUCAA